AUGCCCCAAGCUUCGUCCUCUUCGUACAUCCCACUGCCGCAGAGCGAAGAGGACCCGAGCUUGCUAUCUGUGUAUCAGAGACACACCAAUCGUACAAUGGAAGGACGUGAUUCUAAAGUUGAGGAUUCGCCUCCGCUUUCCCCUACUGAAAGACCUGGCCCCGAUCGUGAUGGGGUGAAGGUGUCGAAGAUUACGAGGUGGAGGGCUAGCUACCAUGGUGCAUUAGCAUUCAAUAUCGCGGCGUUCAUUAUCCCAGCUAUCUAUGGCACUUUGUCGAAGAUGUGGAUUGCAAAUAUCGAUUCCUCGCUGGUGUCCACAGCGGAUGCAUACACCUAUUUCUCGUGUGUCGUUGAAGUCCUGAACGAAGGUCUUCCUCGAGCCGCCUGGUAUGUCAUCAUUUCUUCCCUCCUUCACCAAGCUCUCUAUCCACACACUGUUUCAUACAGGUCAACGAUUGGACGCGGAGACACGACGCUCGACACCCCAACCCAGCUCCUCUCCCGUCUCUCCCUCACUUACACCCUCAUAUCCGUUCAGUCGAUAUGUGGCUUCGUCCUCUCCAUCGUCUUCCUCGCUGCUGCCCCGGGAUUCGUCCAAACCUUUGUCCCAGGGGACGCACGCGAGGUGUCCAUUAAGUUUAUUAGGAUUUUGGCGUUUGAUGCGUUGGCGAGUACGGUCAAUACUGCUGUUAGUCUUGGGACGAGGGCUUUGGAUAAACCUGAUGUACCGUUGAUGAUGUCCUCGGUGCAGACUGUUAUUCAGAUUUUCUUGGAGCUUGCGUUGGUAUCGACGGUUCAUGUGAAGGGGUUCACGCCGACUAUCCAGACUGUGGCGACUAUCAAGCUUGUUUGCGACUUGGUUGGAGCAGCAACAGGUCUCGCGUACUUCAUCUACCUAGUCAAGAGGACGACUUCCCAGCGCUCCAUUGAUACAAAGGGACUCAAAUGGUUCUCAUUUGACUCCCUCAAAGUCUUAAUCAAGCCUGGUCAAUGGACGUUCGCCGAGAGCGCCAUCAGGAACGCAAUCUAUCUAUGGCAAAUCCGAGGUGUGGUAUCGAUGGGCCAGAGCUACGCAACAGCAUGGGGAGUGUUUAAUACGAUCCGAUGGGGGCUUGUUAUGGUCCCCGUUUUUUCCCUUGAAGCUACCUCGAACGCGUUCGUGGGCCAUCGAUGGGGUAUCUACCGCGAGGCAAAUCCUCAUCCUGCGCGGCCUUCGUGGAUGGAUAUCAAGUUCAUCACAACGCCAGCACUCCGCUCGGUCGCUCUUGUCCUCCUUAUCGAAGUCCCACUCUUCAUUGCGCUCUCCGUGCGCGGGGCGGCACCCUUUGCGAAGUACCUCUCCAACUCGGACGAGGUGGCCGAGAUCACCGCUAUCAUGUGGAGGAGUAUUGAUUGGUGCUACAUUUGCUAUGGUGUUUCGACGCAGUUGGCUACGAUAUUGUUGGCGACUCAGACGAGAUGGUAUCUAUACCAAAGUCUCAUCUCGAACAUAUUCUAUGCGCUUCCUUGGGCGAUUGCGUUACCGCGAAUUGGAAUAACGCCUGACACGGCGUGGAAGUAUCAUAAAUGGGUCUUUGGAGGAAGCUUGGUUGUUAGUCUUGUCAUUAUUUUGGUGGUGGUUAGUGUUUGGAUUGUGCGGUUGAGAGGGUGGAAGAUUCGCGCUGCCUAG